AUGGAAUAUGGGAAAUCAUUUCAAAAUCUUCAGUGUCUGCAGCCAUCACUACAAAUUCAGAAAACCCCUAUUCAGAUGAAAGAAGAAGAGGAGAGAAUUAAAAUAGAGAAAGGAAAAGAAGGAGCUACUGUGGAUCUUAUGCAAGGGCUUCUUGCCAGCACUAAAGAAGUUAAGGAACAAAAUGAUGGGGGGGAAAAACAGUUUUCAAGUCAGGGGCAUGAAGGGAAUUUCUCGAAAAAUGAAGGUUCAGGGGUUUUUGCUGGAAACCGUAAGCAGGGGCAAAAAGGGAAUUAUCCGAAAAUUGGAAAUUCUGGGGCUUUUGCUGGAAUUCGCUAUCAAGGGUAUAAUGGGAAUAAUCAGGAAAAUUUGGAAUUUAGUUUUGAUAGAGGUGGGAAGACAGGAGGUAAAAAUGGGCAGGGGUAUUAUGGGAAUAUUCAGCCAAUGAAAGGAAAGUCUAAUGAUUCAAAGAUUGAACAGGGGCAAAGUUGGAAAAGUAACAAGGUUAUGGGAAAGAACAAGGAUGGGGGUGAUGUUUCGGAAGUCAAAGGGUUUGUGGGGAAUAAUUCUAUGAGUCGGCCUGACCAGGAAGCUAAAAAAUCAGAAGCAGGGGUGAAUUUUAAUGGUAGCAGGCAGGGCUAUAUUCCGAAAUCUGGGGCUCGAUUUCAAAAAUCGAUAUUAUGGCUUGCUUUUAAAAUCGAUUUCAUUAAUUUUAUAUAA